UUGGAAAACCGCUCAGUCGUGUGCGGCACGAACCGGCAGCACUAUCGUCGCGGUCCCUCCGCCUACCACCAACUCAAAAUCAUCGUAAAUUUACCGACAUUUUCAUCGCCAGUGCUCAAAAACACUCAAAAAUGAUGUAAAACUAAAAUAAAUUCACGGUGUACUUUUAAUUUCUCGAAUUUCACUCGAAUAUUAAGUUUUUAAGUGUAUAUUAAUUUAAAGUUAUAAAAACGUGUUGUUGUUAAGUUGAUGUGAUAAGUUUUUAAAUUUUUAACUUGUGCAACAAAUAAACUACAGUGAAUAUUUUAUGUAUGAACAAAUUUUAUAUUUCACUCAAGGCGUUGACCAAACCAAGUGAAGUCACAACAAUACAAAACUACAAGAAGUAACUCGCUAAAAUCAACAAUUUACAGACUGAUAAAGUGAUUUGUGAUAUUGUGUAAGAAUCAAGUGUAAAAAAACAGUGAAAAAUGGAUGCAAGCGAUGAAAAUCACAACCCUAACCCAAAAGAGGGCGCAAAUCCUCUUUCAAUACUAUUUUUCACAUAUACAAUCGGAAUGUUCCGAAAAGGAUAUCAAAAGACCCUGGAAGUUGCAGAUCUCUACAAUCCACUCAAAGAAGAUCGAAGUAAACGUCUAGGAGAUCGUCUUGAAAGUAAAUGGGACACACAUUUAAAGUCCCGCCAAAGAAAGAAUAAAAACCCAUCACUGGCACGGGUCCUGGUAAAAACCUUCUGGCCCGAAUACCUGCUACUCGCUAUAAUUCUAGUACUUAUGGAUCGUCUACGUUUAGCACAACCUAUCUUCUUAGGCAAUCUAUUGGAAUACUUCCGUCCCGAUUCCGAAAUGUUACGCGAAGACGCCAUGUUUAACGCGGCCAUCUUGGUCGCAAUCAACGCUGGCAGCGCUCUACUGAUCAAUCAGUACAUUUUCCGAGCUUUCCAUUAUGGAAUGCGUGUACGCGCAGCUGUAUGCUCAUUAAUUUACCGAAAAGCCUUAAAAUUGAGCAGGACUGCUCUGGGCGAUACAGCAAGUGGCAAAGUUGUUAAUCUAUUAUCGAAUGAUGUGAGCCGAUUCGAUAUUGUGUCUGUUUUUAUUCAUCACAUGUGGGUUUCACCUACAAGUACUUGUAUUGUGAUGUAUUUCCUCUGGAGGGAGGCAGGAUACGCGGGAAUAAUUGGUAUUAUUCCUGUAUUUUUAGUUGUACCGUUACAAAGUUAUACCGGAAAACUUUCUUCUAAAUUCCGACGUGAAACCGCAUACAAAACCGAUGAACGUGUGCGUUUGAUGGACGAAAUCAUCAAUGGAAUUCAAGUCAUCAAAAUGUACGCCUGGGAGAAACCAUUUGAAAAACUAAUUCGUAUCUCGCGCAUCAAUGAACUUAAAAAAGUUACUAAAUUAUCGUACGUACGUGGUUUAUUUAUGACUUUUAAUCUCUUCACCACUCGUGUGGCACUCUUCUCCGCCAUGUUGACCAUGGUACUCUCAGAUCAACCAAUCACAGCCAAAACAGUCUUCGUUUUCAUGUCAUACUUCAAUAUUCUAUCACAAACAAUGUCUUCCAUGUUUGUUAGAGGAAUCUCCGAAAUGGCAGAGUUAUUCGUCGCCAUUAAACGCUUACAAGAAUUUCUAAUGAACGAAGAAUUCGAAGAUACCAGCAAAUCAGAUAAUAACAACGACCUCAACGAUGAUAAAGGCAACAAAGGUCAUAAAGUAAACGAGAAUAUCUCAGUUGAAUUACAAAAUAUCACUGCAAAGUGGAACAAAACAAAAUCCGAAAAUGCCUUGAGUGAUAUCUCUGUAUCAGUGGAUAAAGGAAGUCUUUUGGGUAUAAUAGGACCAGUGGGUUCUGGAAAAUCCUCAUUUUUACAAACAUUACUAGGAGAAUUAGAUGUAAUGAACGGAGAUGUCAUCAUCAACGGAAAACUCUCAUAUGCAUCACAGGAACCUUGGGUAUUCGCAGCAACAAUCAGACAAAACAUCCUCUUUGGAGAAGAAUACCACAAAAAGAGAUACAACGAAGUAAUUAAAGCAUGCGCCUUGGACAAAGACUUCAAACAAUUCGAUGAUGGCGAUAAAACAAUAGUUGGGGACCGAGGUGCUUCACUAUCCGGAGGUCAAAAAGCUAGAAUCAAUUUAGCAAGAGCAGUCUACCGGAAUGCAGAUAUCUAUCUAUUGGAUGACCCACUGAGUGCUGUUGAUGUCCACGUAGGAAAACACUUAUUCAGAGAGUGCAUUGAUGGUUUCCUCAAGGGAAAAACUAGGAUAUUAGUAACACAUCAAGUUGAUCAUUUGAAAGGAGCCGAACACAUUGUUAUCUUGAAUGAGGGAAAGGUUGAAACAGAGGGAUCAUAAAACCUUAGUAAUAACCAAGACGUUGUCUAUGCUAAACUCCUAACUCAAGAAGAGGAAUCUGAAGUUGAAGAUCAACCAGAGCGUAAAACCAUCCGCCAGAUAUCCCGCAGUAAAUCUCUAUCUGUUUCCAGCCUUCAUAGUGAUCUAAGUUGUACACUAGACGAUGAAAAAGAAGAGAAACCCAUUGAUAUGAUAGAAGAGACUUCAAAAGGAAAAGUCCACGGUUCUCUAUUCAUGAAAUAUUUAUACGCAGGCGGAAACUGCUUCUUUGUGAUGACUGUCUUAGUUCUAUACAUUCUAGCACAACUAUCCGCGAGUGGUGUGGAUUAUUUCGUCAGUAUCUGGACAGAUAUUGAAGAGAAACGUCGUGCUGCCAUAUUGAACAACACCGAAAAUGUUUUAGAGGAGGGAAAUGAAGUUGUCAUAGAAUACCAGGCAUUAUCAACUUACACUUGUGUUUAUAUCUAUGCUGGAUUGAUCGUAGCACUGGCAAUAACUGCCCUGGCUAGAUCUAUGUUAUUCUAUAAGUUGGCCAUGUUAAGUUCACAAAAGCUGCACGAUAAUAUGUUUAAAAGUGUGAUUUAUACAACCAUGCGGUUCUUUGAUACGAAUCCAAGUGGGAGGAUCCUGAAUAGGUUCUCAAAAGAUAUAGGAUCAAUUGAUGAACUACUACCAAAAGCUGUGUUGGAUGCAGGACAGAUUAUGUUGUUAAUGGUUGGAUCCCUAAUAUUGGUUGCUGUGGUCAAUCCAUAUCUACUUGUUCCAUUAGCUGUGAUAAGUUUAGUCUUCCAGGGGAUGAGGAUUAUCUUCUUGAGGAGCAGUAAGAAUAUUAAAAGACUUGAAGGAGGAGUGAGGAGUCCGGUGUUUACUCAUUUAAAUGCGAGCAUUCAAGGUCUUACCACAAUUCGAGCUUAUGGAGCUCAACAAAUUCUUACAAAUGAAUUUGAUAAACAUCAAGAUCUACAUACCAGCGCAUGGUUCAUGUAUAUUGCUGCUAGUUCAGCUUUUGGUUUCUAUUUGGAUGCGCUUUGUUUCAUUUUCAUUGGAUUUGUUACGUUUAGUUUCUUAACGUUUGCAGAAAAUGCACUUGGUGGUGAAGUGGGCUUGGCCAUAACCCAAGCUUCCGCUCUCACUGGUUUUGUGCAGUGGGGAAUGCGCCAAAGCGCUGAGGUGACCAAUCAGUUAAUGUCAGUCGAAAGAGUUCUCGAAUAUAGCAGUCUCGAAGAAGAACGACAACCACUCGUCCCAAAACAACCACCGGCGCAAUGGCCUGAAUACGGAAAAGUACAAUUCAAAAAAAUGGGCCUAAGAUACUCCCCAGAAAUGAAUCUAGUUUUGAAAAAUUUAAACAUUCAAAUCCAACCCAAAGAAAAAGUUGGCAUUGUUGGGAGAACCGGCGCUGGUAAAUCCUCGUUAAUCGCCGCUAUCUUCCGACUGGCCUUUAUCGAAGGCGAGAUAGAAAUUGAUAAUGUAGACACGGAAACUAUCACUUUACAGGAACUCCGGUCUAAGAUUUCGAUUAUUCCGCAAGAUCCCGUGUUAUUUUCCGGGACUCUUAGAUACAAUCUUGAUCCUUUUGAGGAAUAUGCCGACGAUGUUUUGUAUAAAGCAUUAGAAGACGUGGAAUUAAAGGACAGUUCCAAUAUUAUUAAUAACCUGGAAAAUAGAGUGAUGGACCGCGGAGCAAAUUACAGUGUCGGUCAACGCCAGUUAAUUUGUUUAGCAAGGGCCAUCAUACGUAAAAAUAAAGUAUUAAUGUUGGAUGAAGCCACUGCCAAUGUUGAUCCACAAACUGAUGCAUUAAUCCAGAAAACAAUCCGUCACAAAUUCGCCGAUUGCACUGUGUUAACUGUCGCGCAUCGCCUCAACACCAUCAUGGACUCCGACAAAGUGGUAGUCAUGGAUCAAGGCACCAUAGUCGAAUUCAAUCAUCCCCACAUUCUACUCAACAACAGUCAGGGUAUAUUCUAUCAAAUGGUACAAAGUACAGGUACACACAUGUCGGAACAACUCAAGAAAAUCGCUAGAAACUGUUACCUCAAGAGACAGGGUGUACCCGAAGCCGAUGAAGCCACACAAAUCAAAAUGGAUGCUGGCAUACAACUUAAGUGGGAAAAUCCUGUGCGGAAGGCUAAUAUUGUUUCAAAACUAUUUUUUACAUGGAUGGUAAAAUUAUUUUAUAGAGGAGUACGACAGGGUCUAGAAGUUUUAGACAUCUACAAAACACUAGAUCCAGACAAGUCAGAAAUGUUAGGAGAUAAAUUAGAAAGUGUGUGGAUGAAACAAAUAGAAAAAUCCAAAGAAACAAAAGAAAAAGGCAAGAAGAAGAAGAAAAAACCAAGUUUACUCUCAGCCAUCACAAAAGUAUUCUUUUGGAAUUACAUGAUAUACGGCAUAUUCCUAUUCAUACAAUUCGUAUUUUUACGGUCAUGUCAACCUCUGGUCUUGGCCUAUCUGAUUGCUUUGUUUUCACCAGAAGCACAACUGGAGGAUCAGACUGUGAAGAUGUAUGUUUCAGCAUCCGUUCUGAUCGCUUUCAGUAUCGGAACAAUAUUUUUACAACAUCAUACUAAUUUUGGUAUGGCGAGAGUCGGAAUGCGGAUCAGAGUUGCUGUUUGCUCACUUAUGUACCGAAAAUUAUUAAAACUGAACAAAAAAGCUUUGGGUCAGACAGCUUCCGGUCAAGUUGUAAACCUGUUAUCAAACGAUGUGUCUCGUUUUGAUUAUGUCGCCCUAGCCAUUCAUUACAUCUGGAUAUCACCUUUUCAAGUCGCCAUUGUUACUUACUUCAUCUGGAAUGAAGUGCAGCUAGCUACGCUAGCUGGUGUGCUUUCUAUGAUACUAUUUACUCUACCUCUACAAGCUGCCCUUGGAAAAUACGUAACAAUCCUUCGUGGAAGAAUCGCAAUUUGUACAGACUCCAGAGUCCGCCUAAUGAACGAAAUAGUUUCCGGUAUUCAAGUAAUCAAAAUGUACGCAUGGGAGAAACCCUUUCAAAUACUGGUCAAAGAACUACGCGCGCGUGAAGUUGACGUACUCACAAAAGCAGCCUACAUUCGAGGUGUUUUCCUCUCCUGUAUGGUGUUCAUUGAACGUACCACAUCAUACCUAACAGUCAUCACUUAUGUCCUCCUCGGGAAUGAAAUCACCGCUGAUAAAGUAUUUUCGCUAUCGCAGUUUUUCAACAGUCUGCAACUCGCGUUGGCUAUUUUUAUCCCGAUGGCUAUACAAAUGGGAGCAGAAUCUGUGGUAUCCGUACGACGUAUUCAAGAAUUUUUACUGUUAGAAGAACGAACUGAUACACAAAUUGAAGCAGCGGAAGAUAAUAAAAUUUCUCUGAAGAAUAUCAACGCUUCUUGGGUGGAUAAUCAACAAGUACUCAAAAAUAUCAACUUUGAAGUACCCGCGGGUAAACUGUGUGCUAUAGUAGGACCUGUGGGAUCCGGAAAAUCGUCAAUUUUGAAUUUAUUACUUGGAGAGUUACCGAUUGAAAAUGGAAGGGUAUCAGUCUGUGGGACUAUAUCUUAUUCCUCACAGGAACCUUGGUUGUUUCAAGCUACAGUACGAAAUAAUAUCCUAUUUGGACAGGAGUAUAACAAACUGCUUUAUAAAAAAGUAACCAAAGUAUGUGCGCUGCUGCCUGAUUUUGAUCAAAUGCCAAAUAGAGAUAAAACUAUAGUCGGGGAGCGAGGAGUGUCCCUGAGUGGUGGACAACGUGCUAGGAUCAAUUUAGCAAGAGCUGUUUACCGGGAUGCUGAUAUUUAUCUAAUGGAUGAUCCUUUGAGUGCUGUGGAUACCCACGUGGGAAAACAUUUAUUCGAAGAGUGUAUAUGUAAUUAUCUAGCAGGGAAAACACGUAUUUUGGUUACGCAUCAAUUGCAGUAUUUGAAGAAAGCUGAUUUGAUUGUGGUUAUUAAUGAUGGUAAAAUAGAAGCUCAGGGGACUUUCGCGGACCUACAAAAAUCUGAGUUGGACUUUGUUAAGAUGGUGGUAGCUGCUGAUGAGACCGUAGAGGAAACAGAAGUGCCCGAAGAAGAUAAAAAGACGAAAUUAGAAAGAAAAGAAUCAACUAAUACUAUACAAUCAGUAGAAGAAGAAGCAGCUAAAAACGAAGAAGAAAUUGGUUGGACCGGACGUUCCGCCAUUCGACAAUACAUAGCCGCGGCUGGUAACUGCUGUGUUAUCUUCAUAGUCACUGUGAUUAUCAUUAUGGGACAAGUUUUUAGUAGCGCUUGUGAUUAUUGGUCAAGUUAUUGGACUGACCAGGAAGCAAUCCGAUAUGCAUACAACACCAACCGCACCUACAAUCCAACUCUAAUAGAAAGAAUAAUUGGCCCAAUCGUCCCACAUGAAGAAGUAAUCUAUGUCUCCCUACAACGCGAGAGAUACACCGGUGAUGAGUUUGAAUAUCGCACACCUCGAGUCCACGAAAAACCAACAAUAUCCACAGACAUGGCUAUCUACAUCUACACAGGAUUCAUAGUGGGUCUGAUCGUGUUUACGCUAAUGAGAUCAUUUGCCUUCUUCAAAGUAACAAUGGUAGCAGCCAAACGUUUACAUGCUGUCAUGUUUGCUGCUCUCCUGGAAGCCCCGAUGCGAUUUUUUGAUACCAACCCAAGUGGGCGUAUUCUAAACAGAUUUUCUAAAGAUAUGGGAGCUAUUGAUGAACUCCUGCCAAGGAUGGCAAUGGAAGCAAUGCAAAUCAUGUUGGUUAUGACUGGUAUUCUAGUUAUGAUCUGCGUAUCUAAUUAUUACAUGGUAGCAGCUAUAGCUUUCUUCGCGGUUUUGUUUAUUCUACUAAGAAAAUGGUACCUAGACACUGUCAGAGUGCUCAAACACAUUGAAGGAUCAACAAAAAGUCCUGUGUUCUCACAUAUGAAUUCAUCUCUAAAUGGGAUCACAACUAUCAGAGCAUCACAUGCCGAAAUGAUUCUGGUGAAAGAAUUUGAUCACCAUCAGAAUGUGCAUACUUCUGCAUGGUUUUUGACUAUUGCAUGCACGGAAUCUUUUGGGUUAUGGAUUGAUAUUUUGUGUGUGUGUUUCACUGCGGUGGUUACGUUUAGUUUUAUUGUUUUGAAUGAAGCGGGGACUGUUUCGGGUAGUGCUGUGGGUCUUGCUAUUUCACAAUCGUUGAUUUUAACUGGUAUGUUACAACAUGGUAUGAGGCAAACUGCAGAAGUGGUUAAUCAGAUGACAAGUGUAGAGAGAAUUCUACAGUAUACUAUGUUGGAUAAAGAAGGGCCUUUUGAACUGCCAAAGGAAAGACGUACUUAUAACAUUAAAUCUAACUGGCCCAGUACCGGAAAUAUUACUUUUCAUCAUAUGUACUUAAGGUACAACCCCUAUGAUGCUCCUGUUUUGAAUGAUUUGAAUGUUCAAAUAUUAUCGGGGCAAAAGAUAGGAAUUGUGGGUCGUACAGGUGCAGGUAAAUCCUCCCUAAUGACAGCUCUCUUCCGCUUAGCCCCGAUUGAAGGCAUCAUUGAAGUAGAUGCAGUUAACACACAAAAUAUUGGUUUAUCUCAACUCAGACGCAAAAUUUCAAUUAUUCCACAAGAACCUAUUUUAUUCUCUGCUACACUUCGUUAUAAUUUAGACCCGUUCGGUGAAUAUCACGAUGAUGCUAUGUGGAGUGCUUUGGAAGAAGUUGAACUUAAAGAAUCCAUCAACUCUUUGGACUUUAUUGUGGAUGAAGGUGGUUCGAAUUUCAGCGUGGGGCAAAGGCAACUUAUUUGUUUAGCUAGGGCUAUUCUACGAAACAAUACCAUUUUGGUUUUGGAUGAGGCAACAGCAAAUAUUGAUCCUAAGACUGAUGCGUUAAUUCAAAAGACAAUUCGUAGAAAGUUUAACAAAUGCACAGUUUUGACAAUAGCGCAUCGAUUGAAUACAAUUAUGGACUCUGACAAGGUGAUGGUAUUAGAUGCUGGAAGACUAAUUGAAUUUGAUCAUCCGCAUAAUUUGUUGCAAAAGGAAAAUGGGCACUUUUUGAAAAUGGUUGAAAAGACAGGCGCUGGCAUGACUAAAACUUUGUUCGCUGUCGCAAAGGCAGCGUACCAGGAUAAGCAUUUGAAGGCGCAGCAAGAGAGCGAUUCUGAAUGAUAAUUAAAUGAAAUGAAUGUAUAUAGUUCAUCUGCUCAUCACAUACUUAUGUUGGAAGUAUUUAUUUAUUGUAGUGACAACUAUGUUUCAAUAAAUGUUUUAAAAAUUAAA